AUGGUGGCGAAGGCGGAGCCGCGCAAACGGCCACGAGCUGGCGCCGCUCAAACGCGCGGUCCAAGGCGCCGGCGCCGGCGCGGGCGGGGCGUCGUUACGGCUCGUGGUGCCGGCGCGCCGGGCGUCGGCGGGGCGCCGGCGCAGCGUCGUCAGCGCCGCCGGCGGCCCGCCCGACGCCGCCGGGCCCGACCGCGCCGCCUGGAGCAACAAGAUGCAGUUCAUGCUCAGCAUCAUCGGCUACUCGGUGGGGCUCGGCAACAUCUGGCGCUUCCCCUACCUGUGCCAGCAGAACGGAGGAGGUUUGUGGUCGCACGUCAGCGCCGCAGGUAUCGUUGCGCCACCACCACCACCACCACCACCGCUGUCCCGCUCCGCCCCCGCCACUGCUUCGCACGGCGCCAACUGCUGCCCCCCCCCCACCGCCUCGUGGACUCGGCCGUUCAGUUACCUGAAAUACCUGAGCAGAGCGUCUGUAUUCCUAGAAUGGUGUCGCGUAUACAGGGUGUUGCGUUGCCCCUGGUUGGUGGGUGCCUCAUCGUGCACUGGUGUUUAGCAUAUGCACAUCCUGUAGCAGUCUAA